AUUUGAAUAUUGUACCACUGUGCAUCGCUCACUCGCGCGCUCUCUCGCACAAAGUGCAGCUGAGCUGCCGUUUGGCCGUCGUCGUCGUCGUCGCCACACUUGCCGCUGCCGUUACUGCUGCUGCUGCUGCUACGCUUCCUCUGCCACACAACCGCUAGCCGCGGCCGCCGCCGCCUCAGUCGAAAGUCAAAAGCAACGUGUUGUGGACGCUUUUUUUUUACGUCGCGUUGCGUUUUGCGUUGCGUUGCGUUUACCUUCCACUCUCUCUCUUUCUCUCUCUCUCCGGCAGCCGCUUGCGCGCGCGCGCACUCAACCAACCCCCAAAACACUAUCCACAACAUCCACACCACCCACAAUUGCACCACACAAGCCGGGAUAGCAGAGCACCACACAAGAGCACCACCGCCUCCUCCUCCUCCUCCGCCUCCUUCUGCCCAGUCAACUUUCUCCACACGAUGUCCAGCAGCGCCGCAGCAGCGCAGUACAAACUCGACGCCAACUCCAAUGCCAUCGCUUUGAUUACGGACGUCGCAGCGCUGCCGAUGUCGCUGCCGCUGCCGCCGUCACCGUCGGCGCUGACAUCGCCUGCGGACCGCAUUGAAUGGUCGCGCUCCACUAUCUUGGGCUUCAUCGAGGACUAUCGGCGACAGCGCGUGCUGUGGGAUCCAAACACCAAAGGCUACCACAUCAAGCAGACCAAAUACGAGGCGCUCAAGCUGCUCAGCGAGAAAUAUGGCACUGAAAUACGUUCCAUACGAUCCAAAAUCAAAUCGCUGCGUUCCUCAUUCCAUCGCGAGCACGGCAAGGUGAUCAACGGACGCAACCGCGGCGUUCAUUAUCAGCCCAUGUGGUUUGCCUAUGAGGCCAUACGCUUCAUAUUGGAUGGCGAACGCGACGGCGAUGCCGACGUCUCAGUCGCUGCUUUGGAUGCUGCUGGCGUGGAUGUUGAGCCGGCGUCAUUGGCGUUGACUGCAUCGGAAGCGGCUGAUAAACUGGCGCUGAUGCAUAGCCUAGAUUUGGAACAGCUGACAGCUGCUGGCAAGCAACAGGUUGUUGAGCAGCAGCAGCAGCAACAUGAAGAGUUUGCUGCUCGCGUCGCUGCUGCCGUUGCUGCUGUGGCAGCCGCUGCGGCGGCGAACGUCAGGGAACGGGACCACAAUCUGGACACUGACGCAGCCAACUCUGAUGCCGAUGCCAACUCAAAUGGCUGUGCGGGCGUCGGCAGCGACGCGACAGCAGCAGAAGCAGCAGCAGCAGAGUCCGCAGCCGCUGCAGCAGCCGUGACACGUUCCUCUUCCGAUUUGGACGGCGAGAAUUACUGUAAUAUCAGCGCCGAAGAUGUGAAAACAGAAAUUAUCGAGCACGAAAGUGAGUUGGGUAUGCUCGACCGACAGACGAGUACGCCGUUGUCUCUGAGUUACUUUAAGCCCACAGAUCUGACUUAUAAUCAUCGGAAGCGCAAGGCGCAGAUGGAUGAGAAUGAUGGCAGCGAUGUGCGUGUUGGUGGUGUGGGCGUUGGCAUCGUCGGGGGCGUGGUCGGGGCGCUGACUUUGACGCCAAUCAAAUCCACGACACAGCAGCAACAACAGCAACAGAUGAACCACAGUCAGAUUGCAUUUCAUGCGCUGCAACAACAUUUUAGCCACAAUCUCAGCCACAACAGCCACCACAAUGGCAAUGGGCAACCACAUCAGCAGCAGCAGCAGCAACACCACCACCAACAACACUACCACCAUCAACAGCAACAUCAGCAGCAGCAACAACAGCAACAUUCCAAUAACAUGGCACAAAAACGUGAUCGUGAUCGUGAUCUCUCUUCCUCGCCGAGUGAGGCCAACAAUAUAACCACUAACAAUAAUCAUUCGUCCACAUCCUUGGAGUUGCAUUCGCUGGCAACAACAACAGCAACAACCAGCAGCAGCAGCGGCAUAUCCAGCAUUGUUGCCACACCCAUUAAGCUUAACAGCAACAACAACAACAACACCAGCAGCAACAACAACAACAACAAUAUUGGUAGCAACCAUGUGGAUGAAUAUGGUGUGUUUGGUGAGUAUGUCGCCAUCACCAUACGCAAAUUGAAGACAUCCAAGUCAAAGAUCGUUGUGAAGCAUCUGAUCAAUAAUCUGCUCUAUGAGGCUGAGCUGGGGAAAUAUGAUCAGGGAAUGCCGGCAUCCAAGGAACCGCCGCAGCUGUACAAGAUGCAAUAAUAAAUAGUUGAAUUCUGUAUAGGAGUAACAAAAAAAAAAACAAGCGGCUUGUAGUUAAUUAAUGAGAGAACGCACUAGUCAGCAAUGCAAAAAGUAAAGAAGAGAGAAAGCCAACAAUUCUAAGAGUUAAUUACGGGGCGGGGGGAAAUUAGCCAAGCGCAUUUCAUUCAGGGACAAAGACCAUUUAAGUACUUUAUACAAAUAUAAUAAUAAUAAUUAUAACAAUAAUCAAUACAUAAGUAUAUAGACAUGAUAUCAAUGACACUUUAGUCAAUCAGCAGUCAACAGUCAGUCAAAUCAGUCAGCAACCCACGAUGAACAGCAAAUAUCAACAUACCAUUAAUUAAAAUGAAUUAAAUAAUACAUUACCUUAUACAUGCAUAUAUGUAUACAAAUGUAUGUAUUUUGAGUUUUUUUUUAUAUUAUUAUUUUUAUUUGUUUACUUUAUUUACAUUUGGCAAUAACACUUUGAACUCAGGUGCCUUUAUUUUGUAGUCAAUUAAGAGUUGUUAUCUUAUGCAUUAAUGAAUCGAUAUACAUUAAUUAAUAUACAUACAUAUACCUUUAGAUACAUAUAUGUAUCUAUAUGCUAAGUGCCCACGUUGAAUCAGCAACAACAAAACUGUAAAUUUAUUUAAGUUUCUUCUCUUUCGGAUCGGAUGAUAUGCCAAAUGCUACUUACUAAUUAAUAUAUAUAUAUAUAUGCAUAUGCAUCCAACUUAAAGUGCUCUGUACAUAGAAUGAUAAUAAAAGAAGAAGAGGAUGACCAAUUUAUAAUUAUUGUUAAAGUAUCUAUUACUAUUUUUUGUUACUGAAACUAAUUUGAAUUGAGCUAAAGUUAACUAAUAAAAACUGUUGAAUUAUUUCAUUUUGAAAAUGA